GAGAACCAGCAGCUUUUACCCAGCACACCAAAGACAGUAACAUAAAGACCCUCAAAUGAAGUGUGAAAACUGCACCAAAAAGGAAUGUAGUAAAAAACAGAAAAAUGAUGACCAACAAAGUAUGCCAGCUGAUGUUCUCAAUUCAAAUGAAGAAAAUGAAGAGAAAAGUGAAUUCCAUAAAUUGGCUAAUGCUAAAAUAUUCCUCAGUGACUGCCUAGCUUGUGAAAAUUGUAUAACCUCAGAAGAAGCUGUCAGAGUUUUCCAGCAGAAUCAGAAGGAGCUCUUCCGGGUACUAAACCUUAACAAGAAAUGUGAUACCUCAAAACACAAAGUGGUGGCAGUGUCUAUAUGCCCUCAGUCCUUGCCUUAUUUUGCUGCUAAAUUCAAUAUCUCUGUAACUGAAGCAGCCAAGAGGCUUUGUGGUUUCCUCAGAAGUCUUGGAGUACAUUAUGUCUUUGACACCAUGAUAGCUGCUGAUUUUAGUAUUCUGGAGAGCCAGAACGAGUUUGUACAACGGUACCGCCAUCAGACUCAAGAAGAGUAUGCCUUACCAAUGUUUGCUUCUGCUUGCCCAGGCUGGAUACAGUACGCAGAAAGAGUCCUUUCCAGUCUAGUGACUCCAUAUAUUUGCACUGCAAAAUCACCACAACAGAUCAUGGGCUCCCUUGUAAAGGGUUAUUUUGCCAAACAGCAGAAUCUGUCUCCUGAUAAAAUUUUCCAUAUAAUUGUGGCGCCUUGCUAUGACAAGAAGCUGGAAGCUUUGCGAGAAGACUUCUACACCCCCUUGUAUAGCUCUCAUGAUGUCGAUUGUGUUUUAACAUCAGGUGAAAUCUUCCAAAUAAUGGAACAGAAAAAGACUUCUUUGAAAGAAGUACCUGAAGUGGCCUUCGACACCCUGUUUGGUGGAAUAAAAGAAGGAGAGUUAAUCCGGCACGAUGGAAGGCGGUCAGAUGGUUACCUAGAGCACAUAUUUAAGCAUGCUGCCAAGGAGCUGUUUGAUACUGAAGUGAAGGAAAUCACAUACAAAGUAUUAAAAAACAAGGAUUUCCAAGAGGUCACACUAGAAAAAGAUGGGGUGACGGUAUUACGCUUUGCAGCUGCGUAUGGAUUUCGAAACAUCCAAAACAUGGUUUUGAAGCUGAAAAAGGGAAAGUGUUUCUACCACUUUGUAGAAGUGUUAGCUUGUCCUGGAGGAUGCUUAAAUGGAAAGGGCCAGGCUCAGACUGAAGACGGGAAACCAGACAAAGCCCUGCUCUGUCAGAUGGAGGAUGUAUACGCUGCGGUUCCUGUCCAGCUCCCUGAAACCAACGGGCACGUGCAGAAGCUUUACCAGGAGUGGUUGGACGGGAUGGACUCCACCCGGGUCAGGGAAACAUUGCACACUAAAUACAGCAUGGAAAAGCCAGCUGCCAACAGUUUCGAUAUCAAGUGGUGACCAAUCAGACGACAAGACUUGCGUGAGGUCUGUGGUACAUGCAGCACUGGCAACGUCUAUGCAACCGGAGAUCUGAGGC